CUAUCUAGGGUUUCAAACCCAAAACCUUACAUUAGUGCUUCUCCUCAAAAAAAAAAAAAACACCCAUUUAUCCAACCUAUCAGAUUCUUCAAUCCAUCUUCUGGGUCUUCAAGAUUCAAUCAGAAAACUCUAAAUUCUGCACUAAAGGUGGAAACUUUAUACCUGUAAGUAGCUAUUUCUGUUCUCAUUUCUGAUUCUUGAUUUACACAGCACAAAGAAGUAUAGUGAUAUAUUAGUUUAUUCUGGCUCAUUAGUAAUAAAGAUUGAAUCUUUAUACAAGUUACUGUUAGGAUUAUUACAUGGGGAAAUCAGGUGGUAGGAAAAAGAAGGCGGGUGUUAGUCAAAAUCAAAACCAGAACCAAGGGGCUGUUGGGAAUAGCCAUACACCUGUUGUUAAUGGUAGUGUUGAUUUGGACUCAUCAAUUUUCUCAAAAAGAGCCCAUGAGCUGAAGGAAGAAGGAAACAAAAGGUUUCAGGCUAAGGAUUAUGUGGGUGCCCUGGAGCAAUAUGAGAAUGCUCUCAAACUUACACCAAAGACACACCCUGAUAGAGCUGUUUUUCAUAGCAAUAGGGCAGCCUGUUUGAUGCAAAUGAAGCCCAUAGACUAUGAUUCUGUUAUUUCUGAAUGUACUAUGGCACUUCUGGUUCAGCCCUCUUAUGUUCGGGCCCUUCUACGAAGGGCUCGUGCAUUUGAGGCUGUGAGGAAGUAUGAAAUGGCGAUGCAAGAUGUCCAGAUACUAUUGGGUGCUGAUCCAAAUCACCGAGAUGCUUUGGAGAUUGCUGGACGAUUGAGGAUGGCACUUGGUCCUCGUCCAGAGGCCCAGCAGGACCUCCAAAGCCGCCCAUCUCCAGCUGCACUUGGUGCUUCUGCAGUGGGUGCAGCUCCUAUUGCUGGCUUAGGGCCAUGCUUACCUGCUCGGCCAAUGUCUAAGAAGCCAGCACCUUUAGGUGGGGCUUCAGCUAUAUCAGUUAAUAACAAGCCUGAGAAGCCAUAUCAAGUUACGCCAGCUGAAAAUGGUCCUCAAGCCAAAGUUCAGUUACCAAAGGUUAUUUUGAAGCCUGCAAAUGGUCCUUCCAGACCACAUGCUGAUCUCAAUAAGGAUGGCCAAAGAGAGAAGGCAUCUUCAUCAGCAUCUAGUGUUGUUCAUGGACAUUCUAAAGAUGUUGCCAUUCGUUGGAGGCCAUUGAAGCUUGUUUAUGAUCAUGAUAUAAGGCUUGCCCAGAUGCCUGUGACUUGCAGUUUUAAAGUGUUGAGGGAUAUUGUUGGCAAACGGUUCCCUAUGUCAAAAUCUGUUCUUGUUAAAUAUAAGGACAGUGAUGGUGAUUUAGUAACUAUUACCUGUACGGCUGAACUUAGAUCGGCAGAGUCUUGGGUUGAUGGUUUACUGCCAAAAGACCCUGAUGCAGAUAAAACCGACGCCAUUGGGAUGUUAAGGUUGCACGUCGUUGAGGUGAGUCCUGAACAAGAGCCAGCCUUGUUGGAAGAGGAAGAGGAGAAGCCUGUCGAGAGCGAAGGGAGCAAAGGGGAUGAUAGUGGAUCCCAUUCUUCAAUAAGUGAUUCGGUGGUUGAAACUGUGGAUAAUGAGAGCAAUAAGGCAGAGAAGGUAACUAUCAAAGAGAAAGCGGCUACAACCGAAAAUCCUGACUGCAAAGAGGUUGAAAUGGAUGACUGGCUUUUCGAGUUUGCUCAGUUAUUCAGGACCCAUGUAGGCAUCGAUCCAGAUGCUCACAUUGAUCUGCAUGAGCUUGGGAUGGAGCUUUGCUCUGAAGCCCUUGAGGAAACUGUGACAAGUGAAGAGGCUCAAGUUCUUUUCGACAAGGCUGCCUUAAAAUUUCAGGAGGUUGCAGCUCUUGCUUUCUUCAACUGGGGAAAUGUUCACAUGUGCUCAGCAAGGAAAAGAAUUCCAAUCGAUGAUUCUGCUUCAAAGGAGAUGAUGGCUACACAACUCCAAGCAGCAUAUGACUGGGUGAAAGAAAAAUAUUCUCUGGCCAAAGAGAAGUAUGAGGAGGCACUCUUAAUCAAACCAGACUUUUAUGAGGGGUUACUGGCAUUGGGGCAGCAGCAAUUUGAAAUGGCAAAACUUUACUGGUCCUUUAUCUUGGCUAAGAAAGAGGACCUAUCAAAUUGGGAUCCUACUGAGACUCUUGCACUCUUUGACAGUGCAGAAUUAAAAAUGAAAGCUGCAACAGAAAUGUGGGAGAAAAUUGAAGAGCAGAGAGCUAAUGAGCUAAAGGAUCCUAGCGCCAGCAAGAAGGAUGAAUUAUUAAGGAGAAGGAAGAAGCAAACAAGUGGUCCUGAAGGUGAGGCGUCAGCUGCUGGUGGUCCAGCUGAAAUUUCAGCUGACGAGGCCGCAGAGCAAGCUGCUGUUAUGAGAUCGCAGAUCCAUUUAUUUUGGGGUAAUAUGCUCUUUGAGCGCUCUCAAGUUGAAUGCAAGUUGGCUUUGGCUGGUUGGAAGAAAAACCUUGAUACAGCAGUUGAGCGAUUCAAGCUUGCUGGAGCUUCUGAAAGUGACAUCUCAACAGUUUUGAAGAACCAUUGUUCCAAUGAGGAAGCUGCAGAGGGAUCUAAGCAAAUGGUUGAGAGCUUGAACACUGAUGAAGGUGCAAAUCAUAAGAAUGAUGCUAGUCAAGCUUAGGGCAGUGACCUGCUUUCAGUUUUAUUGGAUUGUGCUGCCCAUCACCUGCAUUAGCAUUUUUUUCAUGCAUGUGUCUGAAAUGGAGCGACGGAAAGUUCACUUUUAGAAGAGUAGGUAUCAGGAAGCUUAUCUUCUCAAUGCUGGUGGAAAACUGGCAUCACAAUGUGCUCUCUCUGAAGGUUCUGGCUUAUGUAUGUGUGCCAACAAGUUCUGAUCGUCAGCCUGACACUAAUUUUUCUAUAUGGAGUUUGCUUUCUGAAAUUUUUUUAUUGAUGCGAUUAGUAUUUUUAGCCUCCGCAAAUUAACAUUUAAUUCUGCAGUUAUAUUGUGAUAGAAACAGUUCACGGUUUGAAACCAUUAGCGAUCUGUGUUUUCAGCAGGCAUUUGCUCUUAAGCUGUAGCUUAUCCAACAUUUAUUCGUGAAGAGAGAACCACGGAAUGUAAUUUCAUGCUACUUUCUCGCCUUUUUGGUCUUGUUUGGAGGUUGUAAUUUCAGAUUUCUAUGUGGAAGAAGAGAAAUGUCAUUGUUGCUAGCAUUUCAGGCUGUUGAAAUGUAGAUGCUAAUGGUUGAAUUUCUGAUUGAUGGCAGUUUCAUUUGCUGUUGUUGCUUAGUUGAUGUCUGAACUCUUUUAUCAAGUGUGGUGUUGUUGCUA